AUGCACACUUCCCAGGUUUUCCGGCUGCUAGCCUUCGCGCUUUCGAGCAGCCAAGUUCUUGCUUUGCCUACCGGCCGUCUGAAUAACCUCGAAAUUCGCAGCAGCGGAAACAGGGCUGGGUCCAGCGGGGCCCGGACUGUUGCUGAAGUGUACAAUUGGUCAGAUUCAGAAGAUGAGGAGCCAAAGGCCACUUCAGCCUCCAAGGAGGUAAAGGGCUUCAAGCGAAAAGAGUCUACGCCAGCAGACUGCAAAUAUACCCAAGAGGUUCAGGACGCACUCGGCCCUCUUAUGGAACAAUUGACAGUAACAGAUAAGAAUGAAAACAAGGCCGGAAAGAAGAAGUCACGAGAAUAA